AAUGCUUUCUUAUUAUAAAUUAAAUAAAACAAUAGAAAAUGUGGCGUAAUUUAAUAAGAAACUUUGAAAGAUCUUUAGUUUUCUAUACAAAAGCUGGUAUAUUACAAAAUAAAAUACUAAAUGAGAGUUGUUUUCAUCAACAAAUCCCGCAAAGAUUCCUACAAUGUUCGCCUUUACUACAUAAUACCGAAACAGUGUGUGCCAUACCGCCAGGAGGCAGUGAAGUUGAUCCUGAAUAUAUAGUACCCUAUAGAGCGGAAUAUGAAAAACGUGACAACUCGAAAAAAUUGGUGGAUAUUUUACGUUUGCGUUUUCGUCUUAGCGAAGAAGAAGUGGAGCAUAUAAUGAACGAUGAGGUAGUUUUAAAGACAUAUCGCCAAAAGUCUUUACGAGAUACCAUGGAAACUUUGUGUAUGGAGGGUGUAACCAAACAGAAUUUUGUAGAGUAUCCAUGGCUUAUAACACUGGAAAAGAAAAGAUUAAGUGAGAAAAUAAAAUUGUUAAGAUCUCUUAAUGGUUUACGUGAUAUUAAUGAUUUUGUGCCCUUCCUGAGGUUGCAAGUUCCCAGACUACGUAAAUUGGUUUCUGCACUAAAUAGAGAAUAUAAUCAAGUGACUCAUGGCAAUCGUGUUUAUUUUAUAGCUGAACAACUAAAUGUUCCUCCCAGCAUAGUGACCAAAUAUUUAGCUAAACGUUUAUUUGUUUUAGAAAUGCCUUUGGAUAUGUUUAAAACAAAUCUACAGCAUAUGAUUAACUACAAAGUAGAACCUAUGAAUAUUUUAAAAGAUUUAUGGGGUUUUCGUUAUGCUCCUCGUGCUGUCGAAAUUAGAUUGCGUAGAGCUUUACAGGCUAAAAAGGAUAAGAUAAUGCCUUGGAUGGUAAGAUGUCCAGAGCCGAUAUUACAAAAGUCUUUACAAUUAUCCCUAGAUGAACUGGAAGUCUUAGGUAAUAAAACCACUGUGGCCGAAUAUAUAGGCGAACGUUUGGGCUUUAGUGCCGAAGAGGCUCAAGCUAUUAUGGAUAAACAUCCGCAAGUUAAUUCGGUACGCGUUACUAAAAUCAAAGAAGUUUUAGAUUAUCUUUUGGAUGAAGCUAAAUUUACCCGCUACGAAAUAGCUCAAGUGCCGCGUAUUUUGUGUCACAGUUUAGAGACGACCAAACAACGUAUGGAAGAAUUGAAGAAAUUUGGUUGUAGACCCUCCAGUUUGGUAAUCGUGUGUCGCAGUAAAAGAGAAUAUGAUAAAUUUCUUAAACAAUGGCAACAAAGUUAUAAUCCUAAUCGUGCUAGUGAAAGCGAAUAUAUGCAAGAGAAUAAUGAAAAAGAAUGACAAGAUCAGAGGAGAUUUUUGUGGUUAUAGUUUUAAUAAAAUGUUUAAAAAAGAUGAAAAGAAUUUGAGUUUUUUUUGUAA